AUGGAAGGGUCUUAUGUAUCGUCGUGCAAUGGAGGAGAAUCAGCGAAAAGAAAUCUUCAAAUAAUUGAAUAUUCUUCGCCUUAUGUUGAUGAAUCAUGCAUGAAAUUAUCAUCAUUUUCAUUAUUACCUUGGUUUGAUGUAAGAGUUUUUUAUGUAAGAAUGAGUGGAAUUGAAGUGAAUGAUGAAUCAACUUCGCGAUUUCUAUAUCUUCAUCAUGUUCCUUUAAGUCCCGAUACUCUUUUAGAAAUAAACGGUGUUCGAAGCAACAUGAACAAUGAUGAAGAUUCUUCGAUUCUAAGAAGGGAUAGAAUUGAUAAGAAAUCGGAACAAGUCACGUUUGUGAAUACGGAUAGUAUAAGAUUAAAUGGUAGCGUGAAGUUUGAGAUUUGUGAUAAAGAUCAAUGUAUUCUCUCUUGUGUUCUUGAGAUGAAUAAGAGAUUUUGGAGUAUGAAGUGUGAAACGGAAAUGAAAGCUAAUAGUGGUUUUUUCAAAGGAAAACAUGUUUCUGUUCCUGAGUUAGGUUGUCCUGAAAUUGAGGUUUAUGUUGCUGGUUGUUUCUUAGGAACGCCUGUAGUCUUGACUAGGACACUGCAGUUCAAUUGUAGGAAGAAGCAGAAUAGGAAAUUGGGUGUGUUGGAUGUGAUUCCGGAAUACGAAACAACCGAGUAUAAGAAAGAUGUUUCUGAUCAUGAUCAUCAUGAACUUGAUUUACAGGGAGGUGAGUACAGGAGGUUCAAAGAAGAAGAAGAGGAUUACAAUAACAUGUAUUGGCAAAGAACAGCAUACAUGGAUAUGGAAGAUGGUGAGCUAUCAUGGUUCAAUGCCGGUGUAAGAGUUGGUGUUGGAAUUGGACUUGGCAUCUGUGUAGGAGUUGGCAUAGGAGUCGGUCUUUUGGCCCGCUCUUACCAGACAACUACUCGUAAUUUCAAGAGGAAGUUCAUAUAA